AUGGAUGCGCCGGAUGGGGCAAACACAGGCAUAGACCUCUACGAGGGUUUUGGAGAUCACUUAGGAUAUAAUGAGCUAGGAAAAUCUCAUUUCUUAAGGAAAGAGCAUGACCAUAGCGUCCUCCAACAGGACACUACUCAACAAAAAGGCGAGCCCCUUCUACCUGGUAAGGUCAGAAGGAAGAUUUCGGAAGAUUAUCCUGCUUCCAAUGCAGUGACAGUUGAAAAAGCUGGACCGACUAGCGCGAUAUGCAAUGUGUUCGGCCUCAACGUGUUCUUUCGACGACGAAGACGACUUUCGUCCUCCAAACCUUACGUCUUGCAUGCGAUGGGUAAAUCUCUCGCAGACGUGGGAGCCCAACUGAAAGGCCUCGUCUAUGAACCACGUAGGAGCAAGCCUCGUGGAAAGAGCGUAAUGUUGUUUACAGGACAAGGUUCCCAAUAUCCAUUCAUGGGUAAGCAGUUAAGCACAAUGUUCCCAGUUUUUCGAAAAGAAUUUGAAAGAUGCCUCCGUUUAGCGGACACCCACAGACGGGAGAAUAUUAGCCUCAUGGAGAUUCUCGAUAGUCCUGACAACGCUUUGCUUCUACAGUCAACAAGUGUUACGCAACCAUUGAUGUUCGCAUUCGGCUAUGCUUGCGCCAUGCUGUGGCAGUCUUUUGGUUUCCAACCGGACUAUUACUUGGGCCAUAGUGUAGGAGAGCUGGUUGCUGGAGUAAUGGCCGGAAUCAUGACUCUUGAAGAAGGAAUUCUCAUUGUA